UUGCAGAAGGAUCGUGAUCUCGAAAUAGCAGCAAAAAUUGGCCAAUCACUCUUAGAACAGAACAAAGAUCUCCAACAACGCACCGAAUUUCUCGAAGAAAGCUUAGCGAAAAGUUCUGAGGAAAUGGUGCAAAUGAAGCAUGAGCUCGAUAGAAAAGCCGAGCUACUUCGGGUUUAUUGUCAUUAUGACGAUGACGGCUUCACCCGAGAAACCAUUGAUGAUUCUCUUAAGAAACGCCUAGAGAAAACUCGAGAAACCAUUGAUGAUUCUCUUAAGAAACGUCUAGAGAAAACUCGGUUAGAAAACCUUCAACUGAAACGAGAUGUGUUCUCGAUGAAGAAGGAGAUGGAGGCGCAAAUAGAGCGAGAUCGAAAGAAAUACGAAGAAGUAUCGCGACAACUCGAGCAAGCACAACAUCAGAUUGUCUCUCUUCACGCUCAAGUCAUCGAACGAGGCGAAGAUUACGCCGCGCAAUCGCUUGUGGUGGAGAAAUUACUUCGUGAAAUCUCGCUUAAAUGUUGUCGAGAACGAGAGGUAAGUGUCUACGAUAUUUGCGCUCUUCGGUUAUUCUUCUUAAUAACAUCGUUUACCCAUCUGCUCAUUUUUAUGAUGUAUAUGCAAUAG